CACUUGUCCCUGGCACCAACCUAGAGAUACUUCGGACUCCACAUAAUGGCAUCAAUUUUCCAAAUCCUCGUGGUGCUCUCAUCUUUGGCAGCAUCUGGUUACUCGCUCUCUUGUACGGAGUGUUCUUCUAGAUCAAACUCAUGUACCGGCCCCAAUGUGACUUGUCAUUCUGGCUCUGUGUGUGGAGCUGUAUCCAAAAAAAUUUGGGCUCCAGGUUCCAGUGGUUCACAAACAUUGUACGAGAUGUUAUGUAUAUCACAGGACAAGUGCAACAUGAGCGGAAGUGCAAGCCUCCCCCGUAAUGGAAAAAUGAAGAUAGGUACAUCGUGUUGUGGAACUGAUGAAUGCACCCCGACUCUUCCUUCCUUGCCAGCGGACAGCUCAGCAUCCAAUGGAGUGAUAUGCCGAACCUGCGUGACUGCUGACCCUAACGGGUGUUCCAGCUCAGAUAGGAAGUCGUGUACAGGGGAUGAAAACAUGUGUUUUUUCCUGCCCACUAAAUCAUCAGGAGGCGGGAUAUCUGCGGGUGGUUGUGCCACAAAAAGUUUCUGUGAUUUCUCCAGGAAAGAUGGUGCCCAAGAAGGUGUAUUUAUCUGUACUAGUGGAAGUAAUAGUGGAAGUACUAGUGGAAGUACGGGUCUCCACAAAGGUUUCUACCUCCCGGCUAUGAUUGGAAUUUUCUUUUUAAAGUUAUUGAUCUGAAAUGUCUAAAAAAAAUUCUAAAAAAAUAUAUAUAUCCUAUAUAUA